AGUCAAACGACAGAUCAAGAUCACUACAUGUGGUUGUGCUCAUGUGCUGCUGCCUCCUCUCAGUUUCACACGGGCGUUUACAUGGAAAAAGCAUGUGUAUGGAACCGAACCUCUGAGGCCUUACUGCUGGAGCUUGUAAGGGAAAAGAGGUUUUUGUGGGACCCAAAGGAUCAUGUGUACCACAAAACGAAACUGAGACAGGAGGCCUUCAAGUCCAUUGCAGAAGCAUUGACUUUGCAAUGCCCUGAAUUAAGCCAACUAAAUGGAGACCAAGUGCGUCAUUCUGACCUAAUGAUGAAAGGGGUGCAUGGGGAUUCGGAUGUAGCUUUGGUGCAAGAGGUCGCUCUUGGAGAAGGAUGCCUUGAGGGUGGGAUCAUUCUUGAAGAGCAACAGCCCAGUCCUUCAUGUGUGCCAAAUAUUGAAACAUCAGCACCCACACUUACUGCAUAUGAGGACCAGCUUGUCAUCCUCAAGACCCCUGUCAACACCACCACAUGCCACAAAUGA